AUGGCCUAUCCAGGCUACGGUUAUUCAGCGGCCUAUCCUGGCUACGGCUCUCCGGACUAUACCGCGUAUAUGCAGCAGAUGUCAGCAGCAGGUUAUGCCACUGGCACUGGAAAAGGCUCAGGGACACCAGGCAUUGCCGCGGAUCCCAUGUCUGCCUACUCGGGCUACGGCGGGCAGUCCUGUCAAUACGGAACUGUCAAGACCUUUCUGGCUGAGAAGGGCUUUGGAUUCAUCGAAUCCGCUGUGGCCUCUGAAGGUGACGUUUUUUUCUCAAAGACAGAACUGUCUUCCGACCUGCAGUCGGAAUCGCAGAAAGAUCUUAAAGGAAAGCCAGUUCAGUUUGAGGUCACCCUCGGCAAGGACAAUAGGUCUCGGGCAAUCAAUGUGCAAUUGUGCAGCCUAGAGUUGGUGCAGUGGGCUGCGAAGAACGCGCCCAAGGUCAAGGGAACUGCCUCCAGUGGCACCAUCAAGUCCUUCAGCGAGAGGCAUGGCUACGGGUUCCUUGCUUUGGAGAACGGCGAGCGCGAUGCGCAGUUCCGGGGCUCCGACUUGGCGCCGGAGCUGGCAGCGUUGGGCUCCGCUCUGGUGGGCAGAAUGGUGAAAUGCCACAUCCACGAACUGGCGGAUGGCAAGGUCAAGGCGACCGAGAUGGUGCCAAUCCCUGGGCAGGCAGGAAAGGGCAAAAGUGGAAAGGGGAAGACUCAAGCCUUGCAGAGAGUGCAGGGUAAGGUGAAAAGCUUCAAUCCAGAUACGCGACUGGGCACCGCCACCUGCCUGGAGAAAUCGGAAGUGACCUUCUUCGACCUGAAAAAUCUGCAGUUGUCGGAAGGCGCAGAGGUUAGUUUUCUCCUGAAGAUGCUGGCAGACGGUUCUGCGCAGGGGAUGGAUCUCUGUCUGGGAGAUCCGGACACCACUGCGGAACCGGUGGCCCUAAGGGAUGGCACCACCAUCACGGCCACGGUCAAGUCUUUCAACGACACUAGGGGUUUUGGCUUCCUGAAGAUUCCUGGGGCCAACAUGGAUCUUUACUUCCAUGGCAGGGAUAUGGACGAGGCCUCACAAGGGCUUCUGAUGUUGGUGGGCGCUGCCGGCUUGGCCAAUUGCAACGCCACCUGCCGCGUGGAAGCGCGUGCGGAUGGGCGCUGGAACGGCAGGAAUGUGAGCCUGCUGGAAGCUGGAGUGCAAAUGAUGGAUGGGAUGAAAAUGGCCGGCAUGAUUCGGUACUUUUAUGACCACAAAGGUUUUGGUUUUAUAAAUGUGACUGGAAACCCCAUCGACAUUUAUUUCCAAGGCCGCGAUGUGGGGCCUGAUGCCCAGAUGAGAUGUGAAGAGAUGGGUGCAGUAGGCACUGUGGUUUGGUUCACAGUGUAUGCACAAACAGACAGUAGAUGGCAGGCGAAAGAUAUCGUCUUAGCCGGAGAUGGGAGCUCCCCUGGUGGCCUUACAGCAGAAAUGCUGGGCGGCAAAGGCUGGGGCAAGGGAGAGGAGAACUACUCAGACUCCUAUGGUUGGGAUGGAUGGGACGGAUGGGAUGGAUGGGGCUCCGGUGGGUCAAUGGAUUAUGGCGGCGGCAAGGGCAGUGGGAAAGGAAGCGGCAAAGCUUCCCUACCCAAGGUCGAGAAGCAGAUCAUUCCGGGCUGUGAGUUGGUUGGUCGUUUGAAAUCCUACAAUGCUGAAAAGAACUUCGGUUUCAUCAGUGUGGAUGGGCAGCCAAACGACGUGUACUUCCAAGUUUGGGACCUUGUGGAGUCUUUCAAGUCGCAGGUGGAGACUUUGGGUUCCGAGGGUAGUGGCCUGUCCUCCGGCGCCUUGGUGAAGUUUUCGCUUCAGCUAAUGCCAGGUGGUGGUCGUUUGAGGGCCAGAGAUAUGUCUCUAAGUCCAACUGCUACUCUCUCCAUAGCUGCUGCAGUGGAGGCUGCGGUGCAAAAGGCGGCCGCAGUGGCGCAUGAGGCCAUCAUCCCCGGCACCGGCAGCAUCCUGCACGACGGGGCGGAGGUCAGCGGCAAGGUGAAAAACUUCAACCAGGAUCGAGGUUUUGGCUUCAUCACGGUGGACGCGGACGAAACGGACCUCUACUUCAACGUGAAAGAUUUGCUUCCCGAGGAGCAACAGAAGGUGACCAACGGCCUCAAGUUGCUGGGGUCAAGAGUUUGGUUCUGGGCUGAGAUGUUGGAUGGCAGCAGAUGGCGCUGCCACGACAUCAGCCUCUCCUUCCGCCGGGCGAACGCCCAAAACGACCCAAACGCGCCGCCUGCGAAGCGACAGAAGACCGAUGCAGGCCCGAAAGUGAACGGCUCCACGUGA